UUGUGUAACUUUAUGAUUGGUCGGUGUAGUUUGGUAGGCGGAGACUGGGUGGGGCUAGCUACAGUGUGACAUCACAAUCAGCUGUUUAAUGUUCUAAAUUCUGAUCCAAGGAUCAGCUGGGCACAGCAAUAAGAAAAAACAAAACAAAUGAAAACAGUAGUAAAGCUGUAGACUAAUAUCUGAACAAAUAACAGCAUCGAUGCAGUUUUAAUGGAGCAUUUCUUCUGAGAAGAAAGCCUUUUUAAUUUUAUGUUUUUUUUUUGUUAAAUAAAUAACUACCUCAUUUUUAAGGCUACCAAAAGCUGUGCUUUAAGAUUUUAUUUUACAUAAAUAUAUCUGUGGUCGUUAAGUUUGCAACUUAAGUAAUACGACAAAAGCAGAAGCCUGGAUGUGAAUCAAGUCCUUGUGCAACAGAGUUCCAACCUUUGUCUAAAAGAAUGCUAUUACUGGCACAGCAGCGUCAGUAAAGAAACCUACACCCCUUGCCCUGCUGAAGAACUGAUCAUAUGUGGACAUGUUGGCAAAGGCCAUGCAGUACACUCCAAGAGAUGCUGCCUUUGCACUAAUACCAAGUGAAACCUUACGAUUGCACUACACACGUCUUGCCUCAACUGAGAUUCCCGUCAACAAGGACAAAAGGGCUCGCGACACAGAGAAGAAAGAACACACACACCCCACGAUUCCACCACGCAACCACAUCGAGAUCCCUGUUUGAGGCCAACUCUCACAUUUCCAGCCUAAUCAAAGCCACUCUAAACCCACCAUGUUCCAGCGACUCACCAGUCUGUUUUUCGGAGAGGGGGAGGAGGUGACCAAUGGCUGCGAGGGACCCAAACCCAGCGUGGCUGAUGCCGACGAGGAGGGCUGGCUACUGGUCAACCUGCCUGCACGCUUGGGUGAAGGAGAUUGGGUCGAGUUGGGACAGGGCGGGGCUAAGCCAGAAGGGCACGCCCUCUCCUCAAACAAUUGGGCGGGGACAGGGAUAGGUGGGGCAGGUAACUCCUCCUCCUCCUCUCCUGAUUGCUGCAGGACUCGGACGGGCAAGACUGGUUUAGCAGGCCACUCCCCUUCCCCCUCCUCUUCACCUGGUUUGGCAGGCCUGUCAGUAGGCGUGGUAAAGCUGGCAGGCCGCGCCCCUUGUCCCCGUGGCUCCACAUCCCCUUCCCCUGGGUCACAGCGUGACUGCAGUAGCAGGUCCGAACCCUGCUGGAUGGAUGAGAGUUGGUUUGUCACCCCUCCCCCCUGUUUUACUGCAGAAGGCUCCACGCCAGAAACCAGCCCAAUGGAAGACCUGCUCAUUGAACACCCCAGCAUGUCGGUAUACGUCGCCACCGGCAACCAGUCCAUCACUGAGGAUACAGGGAGCAGCCCGCUGCAGGAAAUAAGUCAGAAGGUGGAGCCUGCAACCCCAGCAGGACGGGGUCUCUCGGGUCGCCCGGUUCGGGCCUCUGCGGUCCAGGCCACUGUCCUGGACAAGAUCUGCCAGGUGAACCGAGUCCAGCGGUCUGUGGCGCGGGCCGAGCGGCGCCAGCUGAGCCGAAACCGCGUGAAGCGGCAGAACCGCCUUCGAGAGAACCUCCCCUGGAGUGGUGGCCGUGCCAAGGGCAGCUUCGUCCAGCAGCCUCGCCAACGACAGUGCAACUACUAAACCAGCGGGCCGUUUACACUAAGGGCAUUACACCCGCUGGCAUGGGCACCCCGCUGCCCUGUCCGCCCUUUAAGUCCUACUCAUGUUUUGAUUUUAUUUAAGUCCGGGUGGUUUUUAACUUUAGAAUAAACCUUGUUACUGUGCUAGCAUUCUUGCUACAAUUGGGUUUUUUUAACUCUUAUUUCAAUGACUUAACUCUUCUCCCUGAGUAAUUCUUUAAUAAAAUAAACAGCCCUCUCCCCUUCAUACCCUCCUAUAAGAUCAGUACAGUCGCACAACAUCCCUCAAGAGCCUUCUCUUUCGACGGGUUCAUUUGUAGAUCCAUCAGUGAGGGGUGAGGGCACUGCAAUGGAAAACCUUGCUCCUGGGUGGAGUUUUGGGGAGAAAGGUUAAGUAAAGCCCAGCGGUCUACCCUUGUAAAAGCUAAAGCAGAAAGGCUGUCGUACAAUCUCGUUAUCCAUUAACCAGUAGCUGUGCAGUAUAUGUACUGCCCCAAGGAAAGGUGUAACCGUUCUUACUUAUUUUUUUAAUUUAUUUUAUUUUUUAAAUUUGUUUCCCCUCCACCUGUCUACAAAGCUAAAGUAGUGAAUUCAUUUUAGGGCUACGUACCCUGGAUCUCUCGGCUCCCUAGCUCUUAACAUCAGACCGCACAGCCUAGUGAACUGGCUGUUUUGAUGUUCAGAUCGUGGGAGUUCAAAUCCAGGUGGGUCUAUAGCGGCUCGGAAGCAAAUGAUAAAGGUAGACUUUUAUUCUGCUGGUUGUGAGAUUGAUAUGAGAACUGAUCUGAGACUCCUAAAACUCCUGUUAUCUUUUUCAUUUGCUUUUUUUUUGUUGUUGUGUUUGUGAUAGAGAUGUGCAGCACAGGGAAACUUUGUUUUCAAGAUUAAAGGAGCAUUGCCACAUGUUUUAACUGGGGCAGUGUUAAAGUGUAGGGUCCUGAACCAUUUAGCCCUUUUAAUUAAGCUAACAAAUGUGUUAUCUAACGGUGCCAGGAUAAAAGUUAAACUCGGUGGAGAUUUUGCAAGUAGAUGAUGGUAAGAGAGGGGGAAUAAAAAGAGAUGGCAUGAAAGAGAGAUGGAAAGAGUGAUGUAGAAAAGAAACAGAAUGAGAAAAUAAAAUAAAUGAAAAAGAGAACAAUAUACCGGUGGCCGUUUUAUAUAAACAAGUAAUGUUUACUUCAUUAAAAUAUAAAGUAUUGUCAAUAUAUAUAUAUGGGAUUCCCAUCCAUAACUUGAUCAUACGAGUGACUUUAAAAUUGCAGUUAGUUCUAUGGUGGUUCCGUGUGAAUUCACUAUGAAUCCGUGGCCAUUUAAAUUUUUCAUUCAAUUGAAAUUCAUGCCACCUUGUGUACAGUGUUACGAUGACAAGGUAUAUGUUAGGACAUUGAAAUCCAUCCGUUAUUUUUUGUGUUGUAGAAGACCUUCAAAGUGAGUAGUGCCCUUGCCUGGCGAUGCUAUAUAUAGCUGUUCCCACUCCUUGCCACACACUGCCAACUGUACGACAGCCUUUCCUUUUGCAAAUACGGGGUAUGACCACUUGGUAUGUUUAGACUUAUCUGAACCUGAUAAUCUCCCAUCUUGAGCUAACCGCACUACAAGAAAUCGUCCCCUUAUAUGUAUUUAUUUCUGCAUAACUUGAAUGCUGCACAACUGUGUUAUGACCAAUGAUAGCCUUAUGAGAAAUCUCAUUCUAUUUAUUUGUAUGAGAAACAUAUUUAUUUAACAUGUUGAUGAUAAUUUCCUUGCUGUGUCAAAGAUGUCAUAAUGGCGCGCAAGCUAACAUAUUUAUAGUUUAAUAAUAAGAAUGAAAUAUGCUGAUUUUUCUGUAGCUUUCUACAAAGAGGUAUUACAUCAGUGUUAGCGGGGAGAAAAAUACACUGGGACUUGACUGAUUUCUGUUGCUGUCGGUUUAGUAUUAAGAUUUAUUUAACUCUGUCCAUUGGCUCAAGCACGUGAGUUUAUUCAGGGUUUAACUUGACACAAACUAAUCCCUUUUUAAAAUGUUUUUUAAUUUGAUAGCAGAUCACUAAGAACUAGUGCCCUCCAUCUAAAUGAUAUAGAUCUAUAUGUGUAUAUAUAGAGAGAUUUAAAAAAACAAACAAAAAAAAAAAACUAUGGUGCUAAAGUAUAUCAAUUAAAUAUAUGCUUAGUUUGUAAAUUGUACGAGACAUGGAUGUAAGUUUGUUUCUGUGAGUCAAGUUUAGCGGUGUGAAGUGUGCUGAGAUUUGUAUUGUUCAAAGAGUGAGGUUUGCGUGUGGAAGGAAUGUGCUGAAGUCAAUUAUAUAUAUAUUUUUUAUAUUUAAAAACUAGUUGUUUGGUGGGUGUUUUAGAUUUAGUUUUUCUUAUGACUGAAGCCAGGGCUUUCAGGGACUUUAAUAAUAUCCUUCUUUUCUCGUUCUCUCUCCCACUUGACUGCGAAUGUCCUACAGAAAAUAGAAAGGAAAAUAUGGUUCCUGUGAAUCCAGGGAAAUCCUUUUCUUUUGGAAGUACUUGUGCCUGGGGUUUUUGUUAUUCGCUAGGUCAGAGCAUGCCCUCUGGUGGUCAAACACUGUUCACACACACAAAUGGCAGCUUUUAAAGGGACUGAAUGCAGAUUCAGUGUUCGCACAGAAAAAGAAAACGUGUUUCCCUGAUGCAGUAUCUGGAGGUAUACGCGAGGGGAUGGACUCUCGACUAGAUCAUGUACUUUGUGGCCCGUACCCUCUAAACACUAUUCAUGAGCUGCAGUACCUCUCAGAUACUGUAGAGAGCGCUUGGCGUUUGCUUGAAUGAAUUCUAUUGCCGUCUUCCUGAAGUGCAUUUUUUAAUUUGAAUUGUUUCUAGAGUACACUCAUUUUUACCUGGGAGAGAGAAAUCUCUGAUGAGGUACAGGAAUGAUUGAAUAUUGGGAUCUCGCUUAGGUCUGACGUUUUGUACCAACUUGCUUGAUUACUUCAAAGCAACUGCUGUUUUUUGUCAAUGUAACAGUAUUUCAUUGGUUAGCUGUUGAGAGAAGGGAAUGUGUAUUGUGAGUGUGUUUAUUGCAGCAGUCAAGUGGGUAACAUCUGGGAGUGCAGGCAGGGUGGGUUGGUGGGUUGGUGGGUUGGGGGGGGUUAAGUGGUCCCAUUUCCAAGAACCUCUAUGUUGGUAAAAAAAAAAAAAAAAAAAUUAACUUCAGCUUGUCCCUCAUCUGAUCACAACCAGCAUUUUCCUGUACACUAUUAUUAUUGAGAUUUGUUUUUUCUUGUAGAAAUUAUUUAUCUAGGUUGUCUCCAUUUUAAUUUGUAGCCUGGAUUUGUAGUUACAAUGCCCGAGACCUAUUCAGUACAAGCAAAAAGACUGGAACCUGAGUCUUUAAACAUCCCAAACAUUCUUACAACCACUAGGCCAUACUGCCUCCUCGCUUUUCAUACCAAGGAAUUAUUUUGUAGAUAUUUUCUAUAGUAGUGUAUAGAGCAGUUUGAAGAAUAGUGACAGGCUUGAUAAUCUUAAGAAACCACUAAAUUGGUAGAAACUCAUUUUAAAAUGUUUUUUAAAGCAACAAGAGGUUGGAAAUGGUGGCUGCAGUGGCAGUGGACAAUAGCUUGUGCUGUAUCUCUAGACUGGGGUGAUGUUAGGAGUGUAAUUGAUGUACAGAUUGUGUGUUGUGAAUGGGGGGGAGGGGGGAGAAAAAAUGAAAAAGCAAAAAAAAAAAGUUGAGGAUUUUGCUUGUAUUCUUCCUAUUGUUAUUAUUACUGUUACUCACCUAUGUUGUUUGAAACUGGGGACUUGAAUAUUGAGAUCAUGCUUUCUUUCCCUUUUUUUAUUGACUACCCACCGAUUCAUUUGCUAUAUAAAAUAAAAAGAACAUACGACUUUCUUCCUGAUUUUUAAAGUAGGACAAACAUUGUAGUUUUUCCCCAUUUGUGUUUAUUACUGGUGAUUUUAAAAUAUAAAAUGUACUCUCAGUCCCCAAGUGUACCUGUAUCAUGAUCUGUCAAUGGUGCAUGUGCCUUUCACUUCUGCAUGGUUUGUGAUGUUCUGAAUGAUGAUUUCCCAUACCCAAGGAUACCAGUUCAUGAACAGUAGAGACCUAUGCAAAUAAAGAACAAGGUCGAGCGUGCAUUCUGAACUGCAGGUACCAGAGAAUAGAUUAAUAAAAACUCAGGGUGAAGCCUGAA